UUUACUUGCCUGUCCUGUCCUGUAUUAGACAAGCAAAAUAAUGAAUGACAAUCAGCUGUUUUGCUUCGCUAUUAUGAGACGCUAUGCUAGGUACCUACCUACUAUGUUUUAAACUUUUAAUUCGCUGGACGCUGGAAUGCCGAAUGGUCGGAUGGAACUCGCGGUUAAAUGUUGACUGAGUUUGUGUAUAUUUUAUUUUCAUUAAAUUAAAGGUACAUCCAUGUUACGUUCGUAUAGUGCCUUUCGUAGAACACAGUAGCAGCGUGGGGUAUAAAAAAAUUAAAAAUGGGAAGGCAUAAAGAAUGGAGGAAAAUAGCAAAAAGAGAACGAAGACGUAAAAUUCGUACUCAAAAAGCCAAGAUAAGAGAUGGUACUGUAGACUGCAAUUCCAGUGAAUAUCAGGAAUGGGUUAAAGAGCAGGAAAUUUUAGAAAUACUAGCUCUUGAGCAAAUAAAUAAAAAAAAUAUGGAGGAGAAUGAAAAAUGGGUAAAUGCAGAGACAAUUGCAAUGCAACGGUGGUUAAGGUGGCAACAGAAAAAAGAAAGAAGGCGCUUACAGCGACUUGAAGAGGAGGCUAAACUUCAACUGGAAAGAGAAUUAGAAGAGGAGAGAAAAAGAAAAGAAAGAGAAAGAUUAAAAGAGAUUGAAGAAGAAAAUAAGAAAAAGCAAGAGAAUUUUAUGAAACAUUUAGAGCAGUUCUUAUCUGGCGAUUCUGAAGAUGCACCGGUAGAACUGACUGUAAUAAGGGAGACUAGACCUGACUGUGCUGUAUGUCCAUUCUUUGCUAAGACAUCAUGCUGCAGAUUUGGAGAUCAAUGUUCAAGAAAUCAUAGAUAUCCUGGCAUAAGCACAAUACUGUUAGCUGCAAAUUUUUUUACUCAUUUUGGACUAGAAAAUAUGCAUGAGUAUGAUACAGAUAUAAUGUUAGAAUAUGAAGACAGUGAUACAUAUAAACAAUUCAAGGAAUUCUUCUAUGAUGUUCUACCUGAGUUUGAAAAGUUUGGUAAAAUUAUACAGUUUAAGGUUUGCAAUAAUUACGAGAAGCAUCUUCGCGGCAAUAUGUUCAUUGAAUAUGCUGAAUUGCGAUGUGCAGUGGCGGCAUAUAGGGCAUUACACACUCGGUGGUAUGGUGGCAAACAAUUGUCACUUCAGUUUUGUUUCGUAGAUUCAUGGAGAAAUGCUUUAUGUGGUCUUCAAUCAACAAAACGAUGUCCCAAGGGCCGUGCUUGUAAUUAUUUGCAUGUCUUUCGAAAUCCAAAUAAUAUGUUUAACACUUAUUAUACAGAAUAUCAGAACACAAACAGAUCUCGCAGAACUCCGACGCGAUCUUGGCGUUGGUCUGAAUCACCGGAAUUAGAAAUCCCGAGAAGAAGGCGAUCAAAAUCAAAAGAGAGAAGAAAAAGACGGUCCAAAUCUAGAGAGCAAGGAAGGAGACGGUCAAAAUCUAGAGAAAGAAGAAGGCGGUCAGAGUCAAAGGAAAAAGGAGAGAGACACUCAACACGAAGCCACUCGAGAGAGGUGGAUAGGCAAUUAGUAGGAGAAAAGCAUAAAGCGGAAGAAAUGUCUAAACGCAAAAAAACGUGUCGCCGCCGACGGAAAAGCUCUGAAAAUAGAAGUCGAAGUUCACUCACUGAAUAAAAUCAUAUACUAAGACAA